AUGGGCAUCAAUCAGCUGCCAGAGUAUGGCAUGUACUGGGCCAGUGACAUUUUCAUAGGUAAUGCUGGCUUUAAGAAAACAAUGACUGCCCGGCGCUUUGAAAAGCUCAACCAAAACCUGCAUUUAUGUGAUCGAGAGUCAGAGCCUUCCAAAGGGGAGCUGGGUUAUGAUGGGCUUUACAAAAUACGCCCCCUGCUGGAUAUGGUUGGAAGUACCAUGUGGGAUGCCUACCUGCCUAACCGUUGUUUGACUAUUGAUGAGUGUGCUAUCGCCCCGAAAGGCCGCUUUUCACCAACCCAGUACAUGCCGUCAAAGCCUUUGCGGAAGGGACUGAAAGUGUGGAUGCUUUGUGACUCUCGCUCGGGCUACUGCCACCGCACUCGUAUUUAUGUUGGUAAGCCGAGCGACGAUCUGGCAGCUGCUGCAUUGAGCCACAAGGUGGUGACAUCACUGGUAAGGGGGCUUGAGGGUAGGCACCACCACAUUUUCAUGGACAGCUUCUUCACAUCGGUGCCCCUGCUGCAGCAUCUGCUGCAUCAAGGGCUUUACGCCUGCGGCCCUACCAACCCGUGUCGCCGCGGUUACCCCGAAGCCCUCAAACCUCGCAAUGUCGGGAAGUUAGCACCAGGUGAGUUCUAUCAGUGUCAGCAUGGGAACCUGGUAGCCACCAUCACAAAGGAUGCUAAAAUUGUUAGCUGUGUGUCUUCUAACUCUGCACCCGGCAUUGUGGGCAUCGGGCCAGGUAAACUCGAUGGAGACGCAAGUGAUGGAGACUGUGGACUGGUGGGGCUUGGGAUACCUCGUCCCCUUCCUCUGCUUUUAUACCAAGAGAACAUGAGGGGUGUUGAUUUGUGCGACCAGCUUAGGGAGUGCUACCAGGUUGGGAGGCCAUGUAAAAAAUGGUGGCGCUACUUCGUGUGGUUUUACGUCAAUCUCUGCAUCGUCAACGCCUACGUGGUACAACGAGAAAGCCGAGGAGGGUCUCCACCAGCAGGCUUUAACGGCAAACAGUUUACACAGCGUCAUUUCCGUAUUCGCCUGGCGCAGCAGCUGAUUGGUGACUACCAGGGGGCAAGGGGCAUGGAGCGGGCGGCCCGUAAACGCCACGCAGACUCGCCCUUGGAGUACGGGCACCGCCUCGAGCGCAUGUCAGAACGCUCGCGACGCUGUCGGAACUGCACUAACAAAGGCCUGAGACACGAGAGUGUGUUCGGGUGCAAGAUCUGCAACGUGCACCUGUGUAGAGGAGGGUGCUUCAGUGAAUUCCAUAAAUGA